AGCAAACCACCCCCCAGUCCCUCCCCGGCAACUUCUGUCAGCUUCGACAAACUUGUUCUCAAAGAAGAAAGUGUCUAAAAAACAAAAGAAAAACCCAGGACAAAAGACGUCCUCUUGGAGACACACACCCAUAGAAACAGACACUCCCACAUGGAGGAACAGCGCUGGCAAGGCUUGCUCACACACGCAGCCACACACGUACAGCCUCUCUCGCGCAGGGAACAGUCGAUGCUCCCCCACACAGAGAGGAAGGCACACUCUCCCUCUCUCAGACACACAGGCACGCUCCUCGUCCUCUCAUGCAGAGCCUCUCGCAAACUCACACAUACACCUCUGAACUCCCCGGCAAACUGGCGGCUGGAGCUGGCAUCCUGCAUGCCAGGGCCCUGAUGUCACAGCCCAGCAAGAGAAGUCUGCAGGAGUUGCCGUAGGGACAGCUGGGUGAGGAGGGCAGCUGCUCUUCGAAGAGGACUAUAACUUGCUACUGCGGCUGCCUUUCUCUGCUCCUCGUUCCCCUCUCUCCACCAGAUGCUGUGGCUGCUGCUGCUGCUGCCCAUGGAAUGGGCCUCUUCGCAGGCGCAUCUGCAAGCUGUGGUUGAGGAUGACAGAUGCAACCAAACAGAUUGGCAAAGGAAUCCAGGAGUGGAAGGACUGCCUGACGAGAAAGGACACUUCCUGAAUGUGAGCAUCAGCAGCCAAGGCCGCUCUGACUACCUCCUCUUGACCUGGGGAAGGCCCUCUGGAGGUGUCCGGGGCUUUUCACUAGCCCUUUAUGACUUCAAGACAGACUCUUUGCUGCAGAAUGGAUCAGCUGGGCUCGAUGCCACCAGUUUUGACUUCCAGGGCUUGCUUCCUGGGACACGAUACAGCAUUGAAGUCACCGUGCUGCUGGUCUGUGCACGAAACUACAGCAGGAGAGUCACUGGGCAGACAGCUCCCUUAGCUGUGCGGGACGUGAUCCUCAGCUAUGAUGGCCCUUCUGUGUUAGUAGCCUCUUGGAGUGAAGCCCCUGGCGGGAAAGAUGGCUACCAGCUGGUUCUGUACCACAUAGACUCACAGGCACCUGUCAGGAAUGUGACUCUCCCUAAAGGGGCCACCACCUUCCGCUUUGAGAGGCUUCGAGCUGGCAGUGAAUAUGCCCUGCGAAUCACCACCCUGGCUGGAUAUUCCAAAGCAAGCACCAGUGCACGUCAAUGGACCGCUCCUGUCGCCCCCAAGGCAUUGGCAUUCCAUAGCAACUCCAGCUCCAGUUUGACAGCCUCAUGGGCCAAAACAGAGGGAGCAGAAUGGCUCCAUCUCACUCUGCAGAACCUCCACACCACAGCUGAGAGCAGCACAGUGUCACUCAGGAGAGGCCUGUCCAGUUACGUCUUCCAGCACCUGCAGCCGGGCACCCCCUAUCGCCUGGGGAUCAGCGCCGCAGCUGGGCUUUACCUGAUAGAGGGGCCCAAUGUCACAGCUUAUACAUACCCCCUGAAGCCAACCAAUGUGAGCUUGGUCAACAGUGGCAAAAAUAACACUUUGAAAGUGACAUGGAACUCACCAGCUGGAGGAAGAGAAUUCUAUCUGGUGAUUCUGCAGGAAGGGGAGAGCAGGACACCUGUCAGAAAUGUAUCGGUGGCAAGGAACAACACACAGGUCACCUUCCAAAGUCUGAGCCCUGGGAAAAGCUACAUUGCCUUGGUGACCGCUGUUGCUGGACCCCAUAAAGCAUCUACAAAGAGCAUCUCUGCCUGGACAUAUCCUGCAGCUCCGCCAGGUGGGAGCUUGUUGAGCCAAGGCAGUGCCCACAUGCUCCGUGCUCACUGGCAAGAGGCGCCUGGGACUGGCUACGUGGCAGCAUUGUACACCACGGAACCCCACAUGCUGGUGCAAAACAAAUCCGUGCCUAAGGGUCAUAACAGUCUGCGCUACGAAGGGUUAAUACCAGGCACACGCUAUUCCUGGGAGAUUUGCACCAUUGCUGGGCCCUACAUCUCCCCGCCCCUCGUCCUUAGCAACUGGACACAUCCUUUGCCUCCGGAGCAUCUGAGCCUCAGUAAUGGCGGUCACAGCACCAGGUCACUACGGGCUUCUUGGCAGAGUCCCUCUGGGGUCAGAGGCAAUUAUGCAGGGACUCUCUUGGAAACUAAAUCCCAGUUGGUGGUGAAAAAUGUAACAGCGAUGAAGGGUGGGACAAAUGUCACCUUUGACGGGCUGAUCCCAGGGCGUCAGUAUACUCUGAAGAUGAUGGGAGUGGCUGGACCAUAUCCAUCCAUCAUUCAAACAGCCAGUGACUGGACAUACCCUUUGCCUCCUUCAAGGGUGACACUGGCCAGUAGCAGAUGGUCCCCCAGUCUUGUUGCCACUUGGGACCUGCCUCCAGGUGACAGAGACCAGCUCUUUUUGCGAAUCUACAGCCAGGAGCAUCCUCUGCAGAGGAACAUCUCAAUUGGGCCAGGCAUGCGGAAUUUCACUUUUGAGGGCCUUCUUCCUGGCAGCCAAUACUUCUUAGAGGUUAUAGCACUGGCAGGACUAUACCGGGCUUCAGCACAGGUGGUCUCUGCAUGGACAUAUCCUCUGUCUCUGGCUAAUGUCAGUGUGAAAAGCAGCCAGAGCCCCCAGCAGCUGACUGUGAGCUGGAUGGAAUCAGGAAGAGGACGAGAGUACUGGGUGCAGCUCUAUGCGGGUGAAUCUCUCUCCAUUAUCCGGAAUGUUUCAGUGCCACAUGGAACUACCCAGGUGACCCUCGAUAGCCUGGUGCCAGGGACUCAGUACCGGGUUGAGAUUGUCUCCAGAGCUGGACCACACCACAUUUCCUCACAAACAGCCAUUGGCUACACAGUGCCCUUGAUGCCACUUGCCGUGACGGUGACCAGCCACGGCUCCUCAGUGUUGACAGUGCAGUGGAAGGCCCCAGCUGGACAGAGAGAUAGCUACAUGGUCUCCGUGUCUGAAGAGGACUCCACAGCUAUCAGAAGCCACAUGGCUGUCGAGAAAGCCAGCACUAACCUCACCAUAGAAGGGCUAACCCCAGGCAUAUGCUACCUCGUUGCAGUGUGGUCACUGGCUGGACCGUACAGCUCCACGUCUCGGAACAGCACAGCCUGCACAGCCCCUGCUGCUCCUGUGAACCUGACCCUGAGUAACGUUGGCAACUCUUCGGUGCUAUACACAGCCUGGGGAGAGCCUCCAGGAGGAAGAGACCACUACCGGAUGGUCCUGUAUAGCCUAGUGCCUCCAGGCAUGGAAAGAGUUCGGGUUGUGCAGCCAAGCACCCAGGACUUCCUUUGGACGGGUUUGCCAUCAGGAAGCCAGUUUGCUGUGCAGGUCAUCACAGUGAAAGGCCAAGCUGAGGCCCCUUCGACCAUUGCUGUUGAGUGGACAUCUCCUCUGCCUGCUACCUCUGUGCAAAUCAGGAAUGAAAGGCACCCACACCGGCUGAGUGUGGCUUGGACACCAGCCUCUGGUAGAUUGGAUGGCUACGAGUUGAACUUAUAUCGCUCAGGAUCUGGUACCACAGCAGCACAAACAUCUCUGGGGACAGAUGGCACCAAUUUCACCUUCUCAGGUCUGACACCAGGAGCCAAAUACUUCUUUGAGAUCAUCUCAAAGGCAGGACCCUAUAGGACUUCAGCAGGGAAUGUCAGUGACUGGACAAGUCCUCUGCCUCCUCACACGGUGCAUCUGUCAAACAAAGGGCAGACUGACAAACUGAGUGCUUCCUGGGGACACAGUGCAGGAAACCAAGAUGGCUAUGUACUAACACUCUAUUACGCUGGAUCAGGCACUGUGGCAUCCAAGACAUCUGUCAUGAAGGAUGCUACUAAUUUCACCUUCGUUGGCCUGAAUCCAGGAAGUAAAUAUUUGCUAGAAGUUGCUGCUGUGGCAGGGCCUUACCAGAUAGCGGCAGAGAAUGUCAGUGACUGGACAUAUCCUUGGGUUCCUCGGAAACUCUCCAUAAAGGCAGAGAAGGGAAACCCAGCACUAUCUGUGUUCUGGACAAAGCCCCUCAGCAAGCCAGAGCGCUGCCAGCUGCAGCUGUGGCAUCCAGGCAACAGCACCAUGCUACAGCACCAUGCCUUGACCCAGUGGCAGGUCCAACAUGUUUUCCAGAGACUGGUCCCAGGGAGAAAUUACUCCAUAUCCCUCAACUGCAUCGCUGGACCAUAUACGAGCAGCUCUGAGACUGCGGUGAUGCCAAUAGAGCCCACACAAGUGAAGGACCCACAAUGUCUCCCUGAUAGCACAAGUAUAUUUCUGAACUGGACCAUCCCUGAGGGUGAUAUCGAGUCUUAUAAGCUGACAACAAAGAAGUUUCCCCAAGGAAGCCAGCAGCAGCCUGUGCUUCCUUUGGCUGUUUCCAGGGCUGACGUCACACUGACAGAACUGUCCUCAAAUACGUCCUAUCAAAUCAGCGUUAGUGCUGUGGGCAGGAAUGGCAUCUCGGGCCCAGCCGUGACACUGCUCUGCAAUACAUCUGUGGAAGCAGUUCUCCCGCCUCCUGUGCGAAUGGACACCCCCCAGUUUGACGCCAGGUCUAGAGUCAUCAUCUCCCCUGAUAUGUUCAGCGAGGAAAAUGGCCUCAUAGAGUAUUAUGGAGUUGUUGCCACCACUAAUGAGUCUUUGUUGAGGCCCACCCAAGACAUCAUCUCCCGCACAUGGUAUGACCACUAUUAUGGGCAGGAAGACUCUUACUUGGCUCUGUUGGUGCCAAACCCAUUUCGUUUCAAUGACAGCACCAGUCCCAAGGCCUGGCCAGUUACUGUGGGUGCAGACGAAUGCAGCCGCUCUCGAAAGACCUGCAAUGGAAGGCUGAAAAAAGAUUCACAGUACAGGUUCAGCAUUGCUGCCUUCACCAGAUAUAGUCAACAGGCUCCUAAAGUGUCAUUCACAGCAUUCUCAGCGGCAGACACCUCAGCAGCCUCUGCUGCUUUAUCUGCCCCAGUUGUGGCUGGGAUCAUUAUGGGAUUUCUCGUGACAGUCACAGCAAUUGCUGGAUGGGUCUACUGGAAACAUCUGAGAGCAAGGAGAAUGAAAAAGGGUAACAUCCCCCAAGAAAUGGCCACAUACAGCCCAAGAAAUACUCACCGGCCAAUCCCCAUACAGAGCUUCAGGCAAUAUUAUGAGACAAGGGCAGCAAAUUCCAAUCAUGGCUUCUCUCAGGACUUUGAGGAGCUGAAGGAAGUAGGGAAAGAGCAGCCAAAAACGGAAGCUGAACUGCCUGCUAACAUCUCCAAGAAUCGAUAUCCUCAUGUUCUACCAUAUGAUUACUCCCGAGUGAAGCUGAGCCUGCUGGAUGAAGAACCACAUUCUGACUACAUCAAUGCCAACUUUGUGCCAGGUUACAACUCCCCGCAGGAGUUCAUCGCCACACAGGGGCCCCUGAAAAAAACCCUGGAUGAUUUCUGGCGGCUCGUCUGGGAGCAGCACAUCUGCACCAUUGUCAUGCUGACCGUGGGCAUGGAGAAUGGACGAGUGCUGUGUGAAUACUACUGGCCCUCGGACACUUCUCCCACCUCUUUUGGGCAGAUCAGCAUCCACCUGCUCGCUCAGAAUUUUGCAGAUGAGUGGACUACACGGGAGUUCAAGCUCCAGCAUGAAGGGCUAAACAUGGAAAGGAGAGUAACUCACUUGCACUACACAGCAUGGCCUAAUCAUGGUGUUCCUGAGUCCACAGCUUCCAUGAUUGCCUUUAUAGAGUUGGUGCGAGCACACAUGCAGGGUGCAAAGGAAUCUGGACCUACGCUGGUACACUGCAGUGCAGGUGUGGGACGCACCGGGACUUUUGUUGCUCUGGAUCGGCUCUUGCAGCAGAUGAAGUACGAGAAGGUGGUGGAUGUGUUCAACACCAUUUACAGCCUGCGGAUGAACCGCCACCGGAUGAUUCAGACACUGGGGCAGUACAUUUUCCUGCACAACUGCAUCCUAGAGAAGAUCUCUGAAGACCCACAGAUUGGCCUGUCUGGAGUGGAGCUCUCCCAUCCAGUCCCUCUCAAGAACUUUGUUCAGCACCACGCAAAGAACAGUUCCAAGGCCAACACUGGCUUCCUAAGGGAGUAUGAGCAGAUGCUCCUGGAGGCUGCCAAAGAGGAAGUCAAUUCAGCAGUACCACUUUCUAGCAGUGGCAACCAACAGAUCAACCUUCCCUCAAGCAAGAACUCUUAUGAUCGCUCAAAAGUGAAGUUCUCGCAGCUGGAUCGAGAUCCCUUCUCAGACCUCACGAAUGUCUGGCUCAUCCCUGGCUGUAACUCGGCCAAGGACUAUAUAGCUAUUGAAGGACCUGACAAACUGGCCGUGGAGGAAUUCUGGGGGCUGGUUUGGGAACAUGGAGUCCAUACCAUCAUCACUCUACUACCUGGACAGACGAACAGCCCCGCUCCAGACAACUCGUGCUGGCCCUCUGAGGGUGAACCUGUGUGCACAGAGACGUUGACCAUACAGCAAGGCCCAGAGAAGGUUAUUUCAGGAUGGCCAUGCACUCAGCUGAGACUGAAAUAUGAGAAAAAGGCCAAGGAGAGGCUGCUGCAACGGUUCCGGUUCCCUUUGGGGGAAGGAGAGGAAUUUCCAGACCCUGAGAUCCUGGUGGGCUUCCUCACCACUGUCAGGCAACUGGUGCCAUAUCGGAAAAGAACAAAUCCCUUGGUCCUGCAUUGCAAUUCUGGCGGCGUAGGACCGAUCGGGGUGCUGAUUGCCCUGGAUACUCUGCUGCAGCAGCUGAAAGGAGAGAAGAGUGUGGAUGUAUAUGGUGUUGUUCUGAGGCUGGUGAGGAGCUGCUGCCUCAUGACUCCAACACUGGAUAAGUACAUUUAUCUGUACGAAUGCAUUCGUGACAUCAUCACCCAGAAGCAAGUUUAAGUUGCCGCUCUUUGUUAGAUGGGUGGAAUGCACUGAGCACAGCAGUGUUGUAGGCAUAGCCAGGAUGAAAGCGAUCCUAUGUGGAGAUGAGCAGCUGCAUCUUAGCAAGAGCAGAGUGAUGAAAUAAGAAGAGCCAAGAACAGUGAGCUGAUUACAAGGAACUUAAAUCUGCUGUCAGAAAGGCGCGAGUAGCCAUGUAAGGAUGGAUUUGGUGGGGAGGGGUUGGGGAGAAGCUUUCCUGAGACUACCUGGCCUGGUUUCAGCAUUUUGGGAUUCUGAAGAACCUCGAGGUUUCCAUACACUGACAGAAUUCGUGGGGACCACAAUAAUGGAAUUAAGAGGUCUUAUCAAGUGUGACAACCUUUUGGAUAACUUGUGCCAUUCUAGAUGUUUCGUGCCAGAAAGAGAUACAGCAGGAGAUGAUGUAGAAAAAGGUGAUGGGCAGGGCAGACCAAUGGUCCAGCUUCUCUGCUACCACAUGCCUGAUACUUCUUGUUUUUGACCCUUGUGCCAGUGGACUUGCACAGCUGGGUCUGUGUAAUCAAUUUGUCAGACUGACACAGUCCCCAGUGCAACAUGUCUGGGUGAUUCCCUUGCACAAGCAGACCUGGGCAGUCUCCUAUUCUCAUCCAGCUUGCAUGGCGUCAAGAACAAGUUGCAGUAUCUUCUUCACAAAAGCACCUCUGAAAUAAGCAUGGAUCAUCUUGCACACAGGGAAGGAAAGUUUAAACCAUCAGCAGUUUAUGAAACCUUAUAUGAUGCAGCAAGAGUGAGUAAAAAGAGGCUAAGCAUGUUUACACAGAACGCAAGAAUGGUGGUAUCCAGUCUAAUGAAACUAAUAGAAAGCUAGUUCAAGGAUAUCUCAAGGACUUCUUUGCACAAUGUAAAAAUAACCUAUGGAAUUCAAUGCCAAGGGGAGUUGUCUAUUUGUAUAAGUGCUUACGUGGCUGGCUACAAUCCUAUAUCAGAUACCAGGAGUAAGUCCCACUGAACUCAGUAGAGCUUAUUUCUGAGUGGAGGGCUGCACUGUUAAUGGAUUAGACUAAUUAAUGCAGGAUGAGUAUAUCCAGAUGAAAGGAUACAGUAGGGACAGCUAAUGUAGUGGCCGUCUAAAUUUUGUGGACUACAGCUCCCAUGAGCUCCAGCCAGCAUGGCCAGUGGUAAGAGAUCACAGCAACUGUCGUCCAGCAACAUUUGCAGGGCACCAUGUUGGCUACCUCCAAUAUACAGAGAGGAUUAGAAGCAAUGCAGAAGGUGGAUACAAUCAUUUUACCCUAUUUUGUGCAUUUCUUUAGCACAAAAUGCUGGCUACUGUUUUGGGAGAUUUCUAAAAGAAGAAGAAGUUUUAAGACCACUCUUGAUUCAGCAUGUUUUCAUAACAGUCCAUAUAUUCCACAUGGUAAGCCCAUCAAGAACCAUCUCUCAGAAAGCAGACAAGACUUAUCAUCAUGAUCCCCCAACACCCUGGUUCUGUUCUGUUCCACUUCCUGCCUUGGCUCUUGACACUGCUAGGCCCCCUCUUGAGAGCUGGGCUUGUUCUCUCCGAAACUCUGGCUCCUCUAGUGUUGCAAUUCUUUCCCUGGGAAAGGGGGGGGGGGUAUUGGGAAUAUCUGCCAUUGCACUUAAUGGGGCUUAACUUGUGAGUGAACAUGCUUAGGAUUACCGUAUUUUUUGCACCAUAACACUCACUUUUUUCCUCCUAGAAAGUAAGGGGAAAUGUCUGUGCGUGUUAUGGAGGGAAUGCCUACGG